AUGAACCAGAAGGCAAAUGAGAAYGUAGAAAGAGUUGCCCAAUUCAAUGUAAAGCCUCAGACACCCAUUCGGCCUUACAUCUGCUCCACUCUGAAUGAUUUUCAAGAAGAGAGGAACUUUUUGGCAACCAACAUCUUCCCUCAGCUUAAUGAACUCUGCAAUUCCCGGGGUACAUACUUCAAACCUGUGGACCUGAGGUGGUCAGUCUUGAAGGCCCAGAAGUCCUUGCCGGCCAACUUGUAUAGACAGGGUUGCUGUCUCCUCUCCCAGCAGCUGAAGCUCUGUCUUGACUAUGUGAACAGCUGCUUUCCCUUCUUCAUCUGCAUGUUGGGUCAGACCUAUGGGGACUUCUUUCCUGACCACUCACCUUUCAUGUUCUCCAAAGCAAAAGACCUAUCAAAUUUAUCCAAAGCAGAACAGAAUCUUUAUGUUGCUGCAAAAAAUGGUUAUCCUUGGGUCCUGGAGACUCCCAACUGCAGCCUGACGGAGUUUGAGAUCAUCCAGGCAGCAUUUCGGAACCAGUCACAAUUUCAGUAUUUUUAUUUCAGGACCAGGACCACGCUGCUGAAGAUAUUAAGUGGGGAAGAGGAGGAGAGUCUGUCCUCAGGUGCUCUGGUGAAUGAAGAGGAAAAAUGGAAGAUUGGAAGACUUAAGGCCAAGAUCAUUAGUAAAGGGCUUCACAUCAGAUUUUAUAAAGAUCUCCAAGAGUUGGGGGAACUGGUUUUCAAGGACUGGUCGUUUGUGAUAGAAAAACUUAACCCAGUCACUUUAAUGAUCAAAAAUAUAGACUACAGGCACAGCUUAGAAUGUUUCUAUCAUGAAGAGUUUAUUGAGAAGUGCAAGCAAGCGUUUGUUUCUUCCAAGGAGUCAAACAGGAUCUUUGAAAUCUUGGAACAAUUUGUCUUAAAGGAUGAGGGACUUGACUUAAAAAAUGCAGCAGCAGAUUCUAAUUUAGUCUCUGUUCUCAGAAUAAAUUCUCUUCCAGCUUUCAAGUCUAUUUUGCUCUUGUCUGGAGAACGUGGUUGCGGGAAGUCCACCUUGAUUGCCAACUUCGUGGAUUAUUUCAAAAACAAGUAUCCGAGCAUAUCGAUCAUCCCUCAUUUUGUGGGAAGCACCUGUGAAAGCAGUGACAUCCUGUCCGUGAUCCACUACUUCAUCACAGAGCUACAGCACACGAACCACAGUAAUAGAAUCAGACUCCCAAUGUUCAUUCAGAAAAUGCCUCUUCUGCUCAUGCACCUGGUGUUCCCUGGUUCUACUGUAAACCCCACAUUAUCCCACCCAUGUAUCUACCCGCUUCUUCCCUCAUAGCCUCCUUAUCCCUCGCUCUCUGCUCCCUCCCCCUCCCUUCCCUCCCUAAAUGUUUAUUGAGUUCCUUUGUGUGCCAGGCACUACCGUGAAGAAAGUGGACCAGAGCCCUUACCCCAUGGAG